AUGGCAGCUGAGUCACUGCCUUUCUCCUUCGGGACACUCUCCAGCUGGGAGCUGGAGGCCUGGUAUGAGGACUUGCAGGAGGUGCUGUCCUCAGAUGAAAAUGGGGGUACCUAUGUCUCACCCCCUGGAAACGAGGAGGAAGAACCAAAAACCUUCACCACUCUUGACCCCGCCUCCCUGGCUUGGCUGACCGAGGAGCCAGGACGAGCAGUGGUCACGCGCACCUCCCAGAGCCCCAGCUCUCCGGAUUCCAGUCAGAGCUCCCCGGCUCAGGAGGAAGAAGAGGAAGACCAAGAAAGACCCAGGAAACGGAAACACAGUGGCCAGUCCCCGGCAAGGGCUGGAAAGCAACGCAUGAAGGAGAAAGAACAAGAGCACGAAAGAAGAGUGGCACAGCUAGCUGAAGAGAACGAACGGCUCAAGCAGGAAAUUGAGCGCCUGACCAGGGAAGUGGAGGCGACUCGCCGAGCUCUGAUUGACCGGAUGGUUAAUCUGCACCAAGCAUGAACAGCUGGGACCAGCACUCCCCCCUCGGGCCACUUCCGACCCUUCCUGGAAGUAUCUACUGACCACCUUCUCACCAGUGCCAGUGAUGUACCCCUCCCACCCCCAUCUAUUCAGUAGGGGGAAAACUUAGGGUAGAUGACAGGAGAGGGUCUUGGCAUGUAUAUAGAGAUUGUACAUUUAUUUAUUAAUGUCCACACCCAUUAAAGUGACUUUCUAGGA